GAAACCACCAUGGAAGCGACACUGCGCCGCGCCGUCAACGAGUUUUUCUUCCGAGAGACGUGGUCGCCCGCCACGUACGCGACGUUCGCCGUCGUGUUAGUGAGCACGUUCUUUCUCUCGAACGGUCUCUCGCGGCUAUUUUUUGGCCUGCUCGACGCCAAGCUACAGCGCUACGAAGCCAGCCGCGCAACCAUUCACACGGCACCGGAUGCCUCGUCGUCCGAGAGCGACGAAACCUCGGGCAGUGGCUCGUCCGACUCGAGCGAAGGCGACAGCGGUGAAGAGGACGAGGAGCCAAGUGUGUUUUCGCCCGUCAAGAUUGCAGUGCCACCGCUGAUUGAGAUUGAUGCAAACGUCUCUGACGUACGCGACGUCGAGCAUCUCAAAACGCUGUGAAAUGAAAAGCAUAAAUUCUUUAAGUCACGUCGCGACACACUGGAGGAAAGAAGGAGCGACGAGAGGUAAA